AUGCCAGCUUUCACCACUUUCAAGCUCAAGAAUAAUCAGAGGUACAAUGCAGCUCACAAUAAAAUAUUAUCUAGGGUCGCAUCUUCCCCCACAGUAUCGCCACGCUCAAGGGGAAGAGCCGCAAGCGGUAGAUCCAGUGCCGCCAUCUCGAAAGCCGGUGAUGGGAAAGGCCAGAGCCUAAAACUCACCGUCAAAGCACCGCCCAGCAAGCUACGCGAAGUCAUGCGAGCGAAUGAGCUCGACUCCCUCCACGAUACACUUGGCGGUGGUCAGGUUAUCGAUGGACCUCGUCGACGACGCAACCUUCCUCCCCCACGCGCUAGCGCCAGAGGCUCGGAUCGACCCAAGUACGUGGAGUAUGACGAGAGCGAAAUCGAAGACGAUAAUGAGGAAGAUGCUGAUCACGACAUGGACGAUGAUGCCGCUGGUGAGGACGGCGAUGUCGAAAUGGAAGACGCUCCCGUGCCGCCCAAAGCACCAAAGAUCACGUUGAAGCCACCCGCAAAGUCCAACGCAAGACAAACCAAUCCGAAGGUGCUUGUAACUCCUGCCAAUGUUGGUCCGUUGAAGUCAGUCGAGGAUCAGGAGAUGGAAGAUGACCCAGGUGACGAAGAGGUCGAGGACUCAUCUGACCUGUCCGGUGAUGAUGACGAGGAAGGCGAACAAACUAACCUGAACGAAGACGACGCUCGUGGCGAAGAGGAAGAUUUGGAGAAUGAGGAGGACGUACUUGGUGAGGACGACGAUUUGGACGAUGAUGAUUCAGAAGAUGAUGACUCUGAGACACCUGCUUCAGGAGCUGCUACUCCAGACCCUGCGAGCUUAACGAAGCGCCAGCGCAGAGCGAUGGAAGGCGGAGAGCUUAUGGCUCUGGAGAUGGGACCCCAACAGCGAAAGUUCUUCACGGAUGCUGAGAAGGCGAUGAAGAAAGAUGAGCAUGCACGUAAACGGAAGGAGCUUACGAAGCGCAAAAUUCAGGAGGAAAAGACGGCGGCUCUCAAUCGACUUCUGAAACCUCAAGCAUCUAAAGCACGAGGGGCUGCUCCAAAGCCAGAAACACUUCUCAUGCUCGAGAAACAGGCUGGAGAGAUAUCGGUAGAUGAAGAAGAAGAAGUCGAGAAGGCUGACCCGAUGUACACCCGGUGGAUUAGUACUAAGGACGGCGUGCGACUUGGUGUGCCGGAGGAAUGGCUCGGCAAAAGCGCUGGUCGUUGUUUUGGGCCACCUCUGGCACCGAGUAACGGUGCCCUCGUUCAGGAGCUUGACUGA